AUGGCCUUCUCGACCAGUCAGGAGAAGAAAGUCCAAGCGGAACUCAAACAGCUGCGCGACACUCCUGUCGCUACACCGUCGGAGACCACUCUUUCUCUCCUCACCGACUAUCUUCUCGGCCCACCCCAGAAACAGGCGGAGGAUACUCCGAAACAACAUUUCGAGCACUGGUUUUGCUCUCGUGCAAACGAUAUCGUGGUCGAGACCGCCAAGUUCCUAGUCCGUCUGCAUGCUUACAACAGUGUGAGGGUGAAGACGUGGAGGAAGGAGUUUACCACAUGUAUGUCGCGGUGCUGCGAAUGUGUGAGGGCAUUCCAGGAGUCAAAAAGUUUGACGAGGCAGACAUAUUUUGGUGCUUUCUCUGACGACAUACUAAAGGGAUUCUACACCAGUUUUGACAAUUGGGAGCUGGAGAUGGUCCUUUCUAGUCUCUCCGCGGCGAAUUUGUCUCCUGAAUCUAUGUCCGACGCUGGCCAUACAUUGUCAAAGGCACCUCCGCCUGUCGUAUACCACAUAUUCUACAACCUGCACAUAUUGCAUGAUUCGCGUAUCAUUCGCAUCAUUCAGUCUUGCCCUCCAAAACAACCCAUAACCGCUUGGCCUUCUGACUAUCCACCCCCGGGAUUAUUCUUUGCGCUUUCACAUAAGCAAGAGGACGUUCGUGGAUGGGCUCGCGGUCAACUUAAUUUACAUACCACCAUGCCUAUGCUCCAAAAGACGUUUUCACCCGUAUACUGCAAUGUCCUCAAAGCUGUCACCAACCUGAUAUCUACGCCAACUGACGCGAAUACCAGUAAGGCGAAUACAUUUCCGCUCACGCAAGAUGUGUCAACCUUGUGGUCGAGCUAUGCGUCGACUCUUCGUUUUGUUCCCGAAGACUUCCUGCACAAAGCAGGUAGCGCCAACGUAGAUAUACGCCAUCUUGUUAUCAGUCACCUGCAUGAUACAGCCAAUCAUUUUGCCGAGGUCUUGAAAAGCUUUCUCUUGAUUCUAAAUAGAAUUGGAUCAACGGUAUGGGAAGGCGAGGGUCCUGAGUAUCCUCAAGUCGUGUUCAAUUCCAUCAAGGACAAUCCUCGUUAUCUCGAUGCAUUACAAGGCCUUAGCGCCGUGCGGAGGGACAACUGGAUGCUCAGCUGGAUGGAGACGUACGUCAAGAGUAUUGGAGGAACCCCUGCCUUCAGGGACACCCUCCCAGUUGUCAUGCAUUUUCUCUGCGAGGAAUUGCAGCACGAACGGUUUGCAGAGUUGCGCCCAGCUGCUAUUUCCAUGGCCGCUAGACUGCUCCUCGCGGUGUUCCAUCAAGCAGAGAAAGAAGUCUCCACAUACCAGCACAGUCUUGUUUGGGAAGCCAUGGCUGUCCACGCUAGCAUGUUCAUUUCCAUUGCCUUCGGUCGCGCAUAUACGGAUGAGAAAUGGACGGAGGCUCGAGCUCAUAUGCGGAAGCUCAUCCGUCACUCCCUUGCAAAUGAUAUAAGAGAUAUGUUGACCACCAUUUCAAUUCUCUCUGGCUCGAUACCAUGGCCGGAACAACCGCUAUCUCUCACAAUCCGCGAGGAGAUUUGGAGGAGGAUCUAUAGCAGCAUACAGCCUGGUGACUCGGGCGCGAUUUCUCUAGUGGUGACGAUCUUGGCCGCGGUUGCCCAUGUCGAUGAACUGAAGGAGGCGGCAUUCGUCGAUCGCAUAGCAAGCUCGAAGCAAGACGUCGCUUACAAGAACCUGCUUGGUAGCGUCAACCGUGCACUUGGGACCGUCCGCGAUGGUUUCGGUGAUGCAGUAACGCGGUAUCUUGAUUUAAGUGCGCCAUCCGUCGUCGCCGAGCUCUUCCGUCGGCCAGACGUUGCCAAGAGUGUCAUGAUUCUCAUGCUAUCGCCGGUCGAAACCCUGCAGGAGACUGCCCAAGCUCUCGCCGGGACCGCAUUCGAUGUCGAAGUUCGUAUGGAUUGCUUCCGUGCACUAAUAGAGCGGUUCCCAGAGCCUGCACUAGCGGGUGUCUUCAGCUUUCUAGACACGUACACCCAUUUUGCGCAGAUGAUUCCAGAGGCAUGCAGUCUCUCGAAGGCGUUAGCUCGUUGCUUGACAGACAUCAUCGAUGUUCUCUGCUCAAGUCCAGAUGGUUUUCUGCUCAACCAGCCAUUCCUGAAGGAUGGGCCUGGUGCAGCCAUUCCUGCGCAAUUACCCCGGUGGUGGUACCUUAUGACGAAGGCUCUCUCCGUCAUCUUCCUCAAGACGCCAAAGUGGGCUCUAUACUUCGACAAUGCAGAGAUGGUCCUGUGGAUGCGUGACGCCUUAAUGUUUGGUCGAGACAUGCUGGCGCAAAGGAGGGUCAUUGAGUCUGCUGCAUUGGCAGAUUCGCGGCAGUCACAAGAUGGGACAGAGCGCAAGCUGUCACGGGUGGGGAAGAAGAUGGUCGAUGACUUGCAGCCAGUAUUGUUCGAGGCGACGCGAUGGCUACGUCUAACAGAUGAAGAGCUUCUCCACCAGUCUUUCUCCCUUCUCGAGUCUCUUUUGUCGUGUUUCAAAGAUAACCAGGUCCGCCCAAGGCCAGAGUCUCUGCAGAAGUUGCAGAAGCACAUCGACGAUGCUCGGAAGGGUGACCCUUCUCGACCCCAGACGAGGCUUGAUGCCCCUCGGUUGUCGCGCUUGCAGGACGCUGUCAGUGCCUUUGAUGAAGACGACGAGAUCCAGAUAAUCUCUCACCGACUCCCGGAAAAGGCCAAGGACAAGUCCAGCAAGCGCAAAGCGAAUGAUACCAAGAUUAGGCCGCUUGCGGGCCCCAGUUCUACCCGGAAAGUAUCCGUUGUCGAUCAACUCAAGGCGUCUGCGAAAACCAAACCAUCAACCAAGGCGCACAUCGCGAAAUAUCUCACGGCCGAAGAAGAGAUGAAGCUCGAAGCAGAUGUACCGCAACCUCGUUUCAGUAGAGCUGCGAAGCCUGCGCCAGCCGCGUUGUUGCGCGGAGAUCGCCCGGAAGCUGUGAAGAAGGAAGAGAGCGCAUCUCUCAAGUCUGCAUCUUCUGCGGCAGCAUCGAGCAGCGAAAGUGACUCUAGCGACGAAGAAGAAGAGAAGGCUGGUUUGGCGUCGCUGUCAAAAAUGCAGCGAACUCCCGUUAUCAAGAAACCUGCCGGACGUCGACAAGUAAUGCGACUUGAUGUACCCACGACCAUCCGUAACCCAGCUAUCGAGCGGAUGAACAAGCGCGAAGAUGCUCGCAGGACUCAAUUACGGCUCAAGCCAGACAUUUCCGGUCUUCAUCGGAUGUUAUUGACGUGGGAUUAUGACUAUAGCGGCCCCAGCCCUCCUGGUGAUUCUAUCAGAUUAAUGGCCGUCCCUGACAGGUUCAAAGAUGUUCAGCAUUUUCGAAGUGUUUUUGAACCUAUGUUGUUAUUAGAAUGUUGGGCGCAACUCGUCGAGUCUAAGGAAGUAGCUCUGGAGACUUACGAUUGCCGGAUCGCAAGUCGCCAAUUCGUCGAUGACUGGAUCGAAUUGGACAUCUCGAUUUCUGAAUCCGUAAAGAAAGACUGGAAUCUUUCCGAUGCCGACGUCGUCGUUCUACGACAUCCGUCGUCCAGAAAAUGCAUCCUAGGGAAGACCCAGAGCUACCGCGCCACUCCCUUCGGUAUCCAGGCUCUGAUUCGAUGUGUUGCUCGCAACGAUCCUGGUCUACAGGCGAACUCAAUCUGGAGAUUGAGCAAGGUCGUCAGUCUGACGACCCUACACCGAGAGUAUGCUGCGUUGAUGGCGUUGCCUUACUAUGAUAUGCUCGAUAGCAUCCUGCAAGCACGACUAACAAGGCCAGGGGACAUCGCAAUGCCUGAAGUUCAGAGAACGAUGAGCACUUACAAUGUCAAUGAACCACAAGCUAGAGCUGUCUUAUAUUCACUCAAAGCAGAUGGGUUUGCCCUCGUCCAAGGCCCUCCGGGAACGGGGAAAACAUCCACCAUUUGCGGCCUGGUUCACGCCUUUUUGUCAAAUCGUCCCAAGCCCGUCACCACCAUCCAUGCUGGGAGAACUACAGGUCCUGCAGAUAGGGCGCCUGUGAAGAAGGUCCUCCUCUGUGCUCCGAGCAAUGCUGCCAUUGACGAGAUCGCCCACCGUCUCAAAGAGGGUAUUUCUGGAGCGGGACGGCGCAUGGUGUCUCCCAAAGUCGUCCGCAUUGGCAACGUCAACAGCAUGAAUGUUAGUGUCAGGGACAUAUCAUUGGAGCAACUCAUCGAGCAGAAACUCAAUGCGGAUCCGGCUUUGGGCAGUUCUACCAAGGACUCCGGCAGCGAGAUCGUACGUCUCAGAGCUGAGAUCGAAUCCGUCAAGAAGCUUCGGCAGCAAAAAAUUGAGGAGAUCACGAACGUCCACGACAACACGGCUAGAACUAUCGCGCUGGAAGAGGACAUUAAGAGGCUGAACAAGCAGAGAGUUAUGUUGACCCACCAGUUCGACAAGUUGAAGGAUCAACAGAAAUCGGACUCACGCACUAUGGAUGCAACACGUCGCAAGUUCCGAACAGAAGUGCUCAUGGAAGCCGACGUCAUCUGCAGUACAUUAUCUGGCGCUGCGUAUGAAUACCUCGAACAGUUCGACUUCGAGUUGAUCAUAAUCGACGAGGCCGCCCAGGCGAUAGAGUUAAGCUCAUUAAUCCCGUUGAAGUACCGCUGCGGUCGCUGUGUCUUGGUUGGAGAUCCACAACAGCUGCCUCCCACUGUCAAGUCUCAGGAGGCAUGCAACUUCGGCUACAAUCAAUCACUCUUCGUACGGUUACAACGUCAGUGCCCGGACGCUGUCCACCUUCUUAGCAUCCAAUAUCGUAUGCACCCAGACAUCAGUCAAGUGCCAAGCCGCUUAUUUUACGGCGGACGACUGGAAGAUGGACCUGGUAUGGUCGAUAAGACCGCAAGACCGUGGCAUUCUCAGGAGAAGUUGGGCACAUACCGUUUCUUCAACGUCAACAAUGGUGUAGAAGAGAUCGGAGGCGGUAACAGCCAUUCGUACGUGAAUCGUGCUGAAUGUCAAAUAGCUGUCGCCCUGUACAACCGGCUGCGUCGCGAGUUUACGACAUUUGACUUUGACUUCAAGGUUGGCGUCAUUUCCAUGUAUCGGGGACAAAUUUUCGAGAUGCGGCGAGCAUUCGAGAAAAUGUUCGGUCAAACCAUCUCGGGUACCGUGGACUUCAACACUGUUGAUGGUUUCCAGGGUCAGGAGAAAGAUGUCAUCAUCUUGUCAUGCGUAAGAGCUGGUCCAGGUGUCCAAAGCGUCGGAUUCUUGAAGGAUAUAAGGCGGAUGAAUGUAGCUCUCACACGCGCAAAGUCAUCUCUGUUUGUGCUUGGGCAUGCGCCUACACUAGAGCGGAGUGACGAUACAUGGCGAACGAUUGUGUCUGACGCUAGGACGAGAAGCUGCUUAUUUGAUGUGGAUGUCAGCUAUUUUACAACGCCGGCCAGCAGAGCUACAGUUGCCGCACCCGCCAAACAGUCCAAGCCUCAAUCCAAGCAAAUGAAGCCCAACUCCAGUAAACAGGCAUCCUCGAGCGCUCCACAAGUUCCACAGGGCUUGGCAACUCCUCGCGAGCUGAAAGUCAAGGUGGAGCAAUCGAAUGCCUCUUCGCCCGGGGACGCCAGAGUAGGCCAAAAAAGGCCUGCGCCUGUCGAAGAGAGCUCCGAGCCAAUGCCCUCUCGAGGCCCCGACCCACAAAAUGACCAAGUAAAGCCAAAACCGCCGCCUAAAAAGCGUCCAAAAGGAGGCCCCAGCCUUUUCAUUCCCAAAAAUAAAGUGUGUGCAUGUGCACGAGUUCAAGAUUUCUCUAACUCGAUUCAUUAA